UGUUAGCGAGCGCCUCUCCUUUUGGGGCUUGUACGGCCCUGUGUGACUGGAAGGGGGAUGGGGCAAGAAGCAGAGCCUGAGGGGCAGCCCUAAGCCCUCUGACCGAGGUUCCGACGCUUUUGGCGCCUGGAGCCUCCUUAUCCGGACCUACUGCGUUCGAGGGCCCUAGGGGCCUGGGCCGCGCGAGUGGAAUGGCUGCCGAGGCCCAUCGCGUUGGACUUCCGCGGGCCCCAUGAACGGAACAAGGGAGCCUCGAGAGACCCCAGCUCCAGGCGCGAAAAACCCCGCAUGGCAAAUGUGCAAUACCAACAUGUCUGUAUCUACUGAUGGUGCUGUAAGCACCUCACAGAUUCCUGCUUCGGAACAAGAGACCCUGGUUAGACCAAAGCCGUUGCUUUUGAAGUUGCUGAAGUCAGUUGGUGCACAAAAAGACACUUACACAAUGAAAGAGGUUAUAUUUUAUCUUGGCCAGUAUAUUAUGGCUAAACGAUUAUAUGAUGAGAAGCAACAACAUAUUGUAUAUUGUUCAAAUGAUCUUCUAGGAGAUUUGUUUGGAGUGCCAAGCUUUUCUGUGAAAGAGCACAGGAAAAUAUAUACAAUGAUCUACAGAAACUUGGUAGUGGUCAAUCAGCAGGAACCAUCAGAUUCAGGCACAUCUGUGAGUGAAAACAGGUGUCACCUUGAAGAUGAAAGUGAGCAAAAGGACUCUGUACAAGAGCUGCAGGAAGAGAAACCUUCAUCCUCAAAUUUGAUUUCUAGACCAACUACCUCAUCUAGAAGGAGAGCAAUUAGUGAGACAGAAGAAAGUUCAGAUGAAUUAACUGGUGAACGACAAAGAAAGCGCCACAAAUCUGAUAGCAUUUCCCUUUCAUUUGAUGAAAGCCUUGCUCUGUGUGUAAUAAGGGAGAUAUGCCGUGAAAGAAGCAGUAGCAGUGAAUCGACAGAGACUCCAUCAAAUCCGGAUCUUGAUGCUAGUAUAAGUGAACAUUCUGGUGACUGGUUGGAUCAGGAUUCAGUUUCAGAUCAAUUCAGUGUAGAAUUUGAAGUUGAAUCUCUCGAUUCAGAAGAUUAUAGCCUUAGUGAAGAAGGACAAGAACUGUCAGAUGAAGAUGACGAGGUAUAUCGAGUUACUGUAUAUCAGGCAGGAGAGAGUGAUACAGAGUCAUUUGAAGAAGAUCCUGAAAUUUCCUUAGCUGACUAUUGGAAGUGUACUUCAUGCAAUUAAAUGAAUCCUCCCCUUCCACCGCAUUGCAACAGAUGUUGGGCCCUUCGUGAGAAUUGGCUUCCUGAAGAUAAAGGAAAGGAUAAAGGGAAAAUAUCUGAGAGCGCCAAACUAGAAAACUCAGCACAUGUGGAAG